ACCACACGCGGUGUUUUAGUUUCUUACGGCGAUGUUUCUUGCCCUGAUGGAUUUAUUUACCACAAAGGUGACCCUCUAAAGUCUGAACAAGUUAGGUAUCCAUGUGUUGUCAAAGCAAGUCAAGGAGAAGACACCAAAGCAGUGCGAUUAGUGAAAGACUCCAAAUUACUUAACGCAGCUAUUGAGCAUGCGUUAUCGUAUUCAGACCAUGUGAUCAUUGAAAGUUACAUAGAGGGACGGGAAAUUCGUCGCGCUGUUGUUGAAUCAGCAGCAAAUGGAGAAUUAAAAGCUUUGUCGUGCAUCGAGUAUAAAGUACGAGAAAAUGACAUUCGAAGAACCGAAGACAAGCUCAGCUGCAAUGAAAAAGGAUUACCUGUUGGUAAGUACUGGAGAUACAUGUCCUUAAUUCCCACAACAACACUAGCAAUUAACAUAAGUGCUACGAAGCCACAUUUUCAGGGCGUCGUCAGGCUUAUUGGAUUCACUGUCCAGAAAUUUUUGAAUCCCAAAUAG